AUGACCGACCUGACGAACAAGCCAACCGACUCGCGUGACUUCCGUCUUCCCCUAGACGUCAAGCCAACACAUUAUGAUGUGACUGUCAAGACAGACCUGGAGAACUCAAUAUUCGAGGGUGUGGUAAAGAUCGAUCUGGAUGUCAAGAACAAAACCUCCACCAUCGUCUUCAACUCAGCCGAUCUGAAGUUGAACGAUGUAUCAUUAUAUUCCGAUGCACUCAAGAUAAAGCAAGUCGAUUCUUCUCCGUCUCUCGAUGACAACGCGGAACGUUGUAUACUUUCUUUUUCGACCCCUGUGCCCGCCGGAUCAAAGGCAACACUCUCCAUCGGCUUCUCCGGAGAACUGACUGGGGCUAUGAUGGGGUAUUACAAGAGCUCGUUCGAGCAUGACGGAACUAAGAAGUAUUAUGCACUGACCCAGUUCGAACCCACCGCCGCAAGACGUGCCUUUCCGUGUUGGGAUGAACCCCUUCUCAAAGCGACCUUUGCGGUCACUAUGAUAUCACGUGCUGACACGGUCAAUCUGAGCAACAUGUCUAUCACAUCGGAGGAAAUUUACCAACCCCAAACGACUAAAGUAGAGGAUCCUUCAUUGGAGGCGCUCUUUUCGGCGUUGACGACUCAACAUAGCCCCGAAGCGCAGUGGAAGAUUUCCAAGUUUCAAACUACACCACCCAUGUCUACUUAUCUAGUUGCAUAUGCCAAUGGACGUUUCGCGCACCUGGAAAGCUCUUAUAAGACUACUCCUGAUGUGAUUCAUCAGGCUCAGUAUGCACUCGACAUCAAAGCAAAAGUUCUCCCGAUCUACGAGGAAAUUUUUGACAUUGAAUACCCUCUCCCAAAGCUGGAUACUUUAGUGGCCCAUGAUUUCGACGCAGGUGCUAUGGAAAACUGGGGCCUGAUCACUGGGCGUACCAGCGCUUUUCUGCUUGACCCUAAGAAGGCAGAUGUAGCUGCAAAGAAACGCGUCACUGUCUUCCAGUCGCACGAAAUCGCUCAUAUGUGGUUUGGUGAUAUCACCACCAUGGAAUGGUGGGACUAUCUGUACUUGAAUGAAGGUCGGCCUGUGUACCCGGAAUGGAAGGUGGACAGCUCGUUCAUAUCCGAACAUUUGAACGAUGCGCUGGAUCUUGAUGCUAAAUUGUCUUCUCAUCCAAUCGAAGUGCAUUGUCCUGAUGCCAACCAGAUCAAUCAGAUUUUUGACUCCCUUUCCUAUGCUAAAGCAGGCUCUGUCUUGCGUAUGCUAUCCAACUUUGUCGGCCAGGAGCGCUUCCUGAAGGGUGUUUCGAUCUACCUCAAGAAUCAUCUAUAUGGAAACACUGUCACUAAAGACCUGUGGCAGGGCAUCUCUGAAUCUACUGGGGUAGAUGUGCCGAGGAUCAUGGAUAACUGGAUUUCAAAGGCAAGCAUGACAAUCGGCUUCCCUGUCCUCACUGUCAUUGAGAGCGAGAAUGGUAUCCAUGUCCGCCAGGAUCGUUUCCUGGAUUCUGGACCUGCAGAAGAAAAGGACAAUGAGACGAUCUGGACUGUGCCUCUGGCCCUACUGACAGCUACUAACGAUAAAGUCAACAUUGAUAAGUCCGUCGUUCUUGACACUAGGGAGAAGACAAUCGCCAUCGACACCUCGAGGCCUUUCAAGCUCAAUGCGGGGACUUAUGGUGUCUAUCGCGUGUUGUACUCUGAUGAGAGGUUCGCGGCAAUCGCUAAGGAGGCCGCCAAGGGCGAUGCUGUGUUCUCGCUGAAUGACCGCAUUGGCCUUGUUCAUGAUAUUAUGACAUUGUCGAAAGCUGGGUUUUGUAAAGUUAGCAGUGCGUUGACCAUCGUCGAUAUUUUGCAUGACGAAAAGGAGUUCCUUGUAUGGGACAGUAUUUCCCAAAAUAUCUCCACCCUGGUGUCAACUUGGUGGGAACAUGAGGUUGUUGUCAAUGAUCUAGAUGCUUUCCGCAAGGAAUUGUUUGCGCCCAUUGUCAAACGCCUUGGCUAUGAAUACUCUCCUUCCGAGUCUGUGGAUAUCUCGCAACUACGCACCCGCGCUGUCGGACAGGCGGCUGUCGCUGGGGACUCUGUUGUCGUGGAAGAGCUCAAGACCCGGUUUGCAGAAUAUAUGAGAACGCAGGAUGAUUCAGGGAUUCCUGGUGAUCUGUUUAGGACGACUAUUCUUACUGCUGUGAAGCAUGGAGGUCGUGAAGAGUAUGAGUUUGCCAAGGCAUUGUACGAGAACCCAACUACGCCUCCAUCGAAAAGUAUCGCCGCCAUAAUGGCGAUGUGCGCCAGCCAAGAUGAGGUCUGUAUCAAGGACGCGUACGCGUACAUCCUGUCGAAAGUGCGGUCUCAAGACAUCAUAUAUUUCAUCAAUGGCUUUCAAACGAACUUCCGCACCAGGCGCAGCUGUGCGCAGUUCUUCCAAGACAACUAUACGGAGCUUGCCAAACGAUUCGAGGGGAACUUUUCGUUCAAGGAUAUCGUCUCGUCGAGUCUUGGCAAUUUGACCAAGGAGGAAGACUACCAAAAAAUCCUAGACUUUUUUAAGGACAAGGACACAUCCCGGUAUAACCUUGCCUUGUCGCAGACUCUAGAAUCAUUGCGUGCUUCAAGGGCGUGGAUCGAGCGGUCCACGACUGAUAUUGCGGAAUGGCUUAGCAAAUGGAAAAAGGGAUCGCUGAACAGUUCAUCACCAAGAAGUUCACUGCCUAUGCGUGAGACUGUAGCGAGCAAGGAGGGAUAG